AUGUAUCGGAUAUUUCAGAAUGCAGUGACCUAUAAUGAUGUACAUGUCAACUUCACUUGGGAAGAGUGGGCUUUGCUGGAUCGUUCUCAGAAGAAUCUCUACAAAGAUGUGAUGCUGGAGACCUAUAGGAACCUCACUACCAUAGGAUACAGUUGGGAAGACCAUAAUAUUGAAGAACAUUUUCAGAGUUCUAGAAGACAUGAAAGGCACAAAAGAAGUAAUACUGGAGAGAAUUCUUCUGUAUAUACUCAGUGUGUUAAAGCUUUUGUACAUGACAGUCAUAUUCAAAGGCAUGAAAGAACACAUACUGGAGAGAAACCCUAUGAAUGUAAUCAAUGUGGUAAAGCCUUUGCCCAACGCACUCAUCUUCAAGUGCACAAAAGAACACAUACUGGAGAGAAACCCUAUGAAUGUAAUCAAUGUGGUAAAGCCUUUGCUCGUAACAGUGUUCUUCAACUACAUAAAAGAACACAUACUGGAGAGAAACCCUAUGAAUGUAAUCAAUGUGGUAAAGCCUUUGCCCGACGCACUCAUCUUCAAGUGCACAAAAGAACACAUACUGGAGAGAAACCCUAUGAAUGUAUUGAAUGUGGUAAAGCCUUUGCAAAACAAGAUGCUCUUCAAAUGCAUAAAAGAACACAUACUGGAGAGAAACCCUAUGAAUGUAAUCAGUGUGGAAAAGCCUUUGCUUGUAACAGUAACCUUCAACUACAUAAAAGAACACAUACUGGAGAGAAACCUUAUAAGUGUAAUCAGUGUGAUAAAGCUUUUGCUCGUAACAGCGAUCUUCAAAUGCAUAAAAGAACACAUUCUGGAGAGAAACUCUAUAAAUGUAAUCAAUGCAAUAAAGCCUAUGCAGAACACAAUGCUCUUCAAAUGCAUAAAAGAACACAUACUGGAGAGAAACCCUAUGAAUGUAAUCAGUGUGGUAAAGCCUUUACACGACGCACUCAUCUUCAAGUGCACAAAAGAACACAUACUGGAGAGAAACCCUAUGAAUGUAAUCAAUGUGGUAAAGCCUUUACACGACGCACUCAUCUUCAAGUGCACAAAAGAACACAUACUGGAGAGAAACCCUAUGAAUGUAAUCAAUGUGGUAAAGCCUUUACACGACGCACUCAUCUUCAAGUGCACAAAAGAACACAUACUGGAGAGAAACCCUAUGAAUGUAUUGAAUGUGGUAAAGCCUUUGCAAAACAAGAUGCUCUUCAAAUGCAUAAAAGAAUACAUACUGGAGAGAAACCCUAUGAAUGUAAUCAGUGUGGUAAAGCCUUUGCUUCUAACAGUAACCUUCAACUACAUAAAAGAACACAUACUGGAGAGAAACCUUAUAAGUGUAAUCAGUGUGAUAAAGCCUUUGCUCGUAACAGUGUUCUUCAAAUACAUAAAAGAACACAUUCUGGAGAGAAGCCC